AUGUCGAACGUCCUCGUCUACUCUGGUCCGGGCGUAUCGUCCUCGGCGCUGCACCACACGCUCAAGACGCUAAAGACGCUGCUGCCCACCUACGACGUCCAGACGGUCAAUGCCAAGACGCUAGCCCUCGACCCGUGGCAGCAGUCCACCAGCCUCCUCGUCCUCCCCGGCGGCAGGGAUCUGCCGUACGUAGAGGAACUCUCCCGUACGCACUACAGGUCCGACUCCUCCGCCACUACCGCUGCAGCCGGGACGGCUCGAGGAGAGAAGGCCUAUGAAAAGGUCGUCGAGUUCGUCGAGCAGCACGGCGGCAGCUUCUGCGGAAUCUGCGCAGGGGCUUACUACGCCUCUGGUCACUGCGCCUUUGAGCUGGGCAGCCCCAUCCAGGUCGACGGCGCGAGACCCUUCCUCCGAUUCUUCCCGGGAACCUGCAGCGGCACCGUCUACCCGGGGUUCGUCUACGAGUCCGACAAGGGCGCGCGCAUCGUGGACCUCGACCUCGUCCGGCCCUUGCCUGACGCCCCGACACCGUCGCAAGCCGAACGCGGGGUCGAUGCGGCGAAGCGAUGGCGGUGUCACUACAACGGCGGCGGCGCCUUUAUGGACGCCGACUCGUUCCGCGACAUGGGCGUCGAAGUGCUGGUGAGGUACACGGCGCCGGGGGAGGAGGCGCUCGAGCUCGAGCUAGACAUCGACCUCAACGCUACCGCUCCCGCAGAGGCCGGCCGGGCGCCGACGCAGCUGCCGGCCAAGAAGCCUGCGUACGCUGGCCAGGCCGCUUCGGUGCUGUGCUCGGUGGGCAAGGGCAAGGCCCUGCUGUUUGGAACCCAUCCCGAGUUCCCACUCCUGCCGUGGAGCCAGGCGGUCCAGCUCUCGGCAUCAAAGGAUCAGGUGGUGGGCCCGGACUCGCAGGAUGCCAGUCAGGCGCAGCGGAAGCAGGCCGAGCUGCUGCAUCACGAAAAGCGACGCCUGACGUGGCUGAGGGACGUGCUGGCCGAGCGGCUCGGUCUGCGGGCGGAACUGCCCGACUGGGUCGUCCAAGGCGAUGCAGCCAAGGCGGCGACGGCGGUGACGGGCACGACGGUGCCGGACUCUGGCGAGCCCAAGCUGCUUCCCAUCAUUGUCACCUCGACCGAUUCCCGCAGCUUCUCGACGACACUCGAGGCGCUGCGUCAGGUGGCGACCAAGAAUGCUGCCGUUGUCAGCCAUCUCUCCACAGAGAGCAUCUCGCAGGACGGGCUCCAGCGCGACCUCAUCGGAAGCUUCAAGGACUCGAACGACUCGAUCCACCUCUACCGCGCCACUGGCGAGACGGCCGACCGCCUCUUCCAGCUCUGCCGCUCGGCGAGCUACGAUGCGUUCUCGAAGCCAGUCUUGCUCUCAAACAAGGACGCCGCCGUCAACGAUGCGUCAGAUGCGCCAGCCGAGCAGGAGAAGGAGGUGGACCUCGACAGCGUGCCCAAGUACCUGCUCUGCUACCCGGGCCAGGGAGGCGAUCCCGACCUGCCGGACCCGACGCUGCUGCCCCACUGGAACAUCGCCGAGUAUCGUCGCUACCUCUCGCAGUUUGGCGAUGCGGUCAAGCAGCUCGAGAACGAAGACGGCAACUGGGCGCGAUGGACCCGCCACGGCGGCGGCGGAGGUGGGGGUGCGGGCAUGUCGCACUUUUUCGGCGCGGGCUGGGCGGGCUCGUCGAGCCUUGGCGGCAGCGGGAGCGCUGAUCCGUCGUCGAUCCGAGUCGGGCAGACGACGCUGUACGGCGAGAUGGUGACGUCGACGCAGACGAUGCUCGACAAGAACUUCCGCUUCCUCUCCGCGUUCCCGGUGGGGACGACGUUUUUCGCGACGCAGCAAAUGAGCGGGCGAGGCCGCGGCAGCAACCGGUGGAUCUCGCCGCGCGGGUGCCUGCAGUUUUCGUCGGUGUUCAAGGUGCCGCUCGAGAUGGCGGCCAAGACCGUGUUCCUGCAGUACCUGUCUGCCAUGGCCAUUGUCGAGGGCAUCCGGAUCGCGCUCGGGCCGACGGCGGCGGGGCGCGAGGUGGCGAGCAAGAUCCGCAUCAAGUGGCCCAACGACGUCUACGCCGAGGUGCCCAUCGAGGGCGAUGACGGCGAGGGCGAGGGCGAGGGCGCCGCCGCAGCAGCAGCACCGGCUCGGACGGCGACGUUCGACCACAAGGGCAAGCGGUACGCCAAGAUGGCGGGCAUCCUGGUCAACUCGCAAUUUUCGGGCGGCAAGGAGUUUGUGCUCAUCUCGGGGUGCGGCAUCAACUGUCUCAAUUCGCGGCCGACGACGUCGCUGCUGGAGCUGGUGCAGCUGCACAACCGCAGUCGGCCAGGAACGGACGCGGACCGGCUGGAAGAGGUGAGCCAGGAGAAGCUGGGUGCGGCCAUCCUGCGCGUGUUUGAGUCGAUGUGGAAGACGUUCCUGGGGAGCGGGGGCGACUUUGGGCCGUUUGUGGAGCGGUACCGGCGCAUGUGGCUGCACUCGGACCAGGAGGUGGUUCUCGGUGCCGAUGCGCUGGGUGGCGACGGGGAGGCGGUCAAGCUGGGUAGCGCGGUCGACGAGGGAAGCAAGGUGAGGAUCGUGGGCAUCUCGUCGGACCACGGGCUGCUGCGGGCGGUGCGGGUGGGCAGCUCAGUGACGACGUGGGACGAGCGGGCGUGGUCGUCGUCGUCGUCGAGGGGCGGCGGGUAUGGGGUCGACGAGGUGAUUGAGCUGCAGCCCGACGGCAACUCGUUUGAUAUGCUCAAGAACAUGGUCAGGAGAAAGGCCUAG